CUGGAUACUUGUUGCUGUUUUGAGAGUGUCUGUGUUGAGAGUAUCUUAGUGCCUGAGCCCAGGGAAAUGAGUUCACUCCUCCUCUAUCUGCUCUUUGUUGUCUUUUAUGCUGUGAUCAGGCUCGCCAGAUCUGAGGCUUCUCCGAGGAAGAGGAGACACAGGAAGAAAAAGAAGAAACCAAAAGCUUUUGGGUGCUGUGAGGAAGAGUUGGAGGAGGCUGGUGCAUCCCCAGAGACGUGCUGCCCUGUGCCCCUGGGGAAGCUCCGCUUGGCUCAGCGCCUCAGGCUCGUUGAGAGGAGGCUACAGGACGUGGCCAGACACAUGGAUGAAGUUCUGAUACCGCCGAGUGUGUCGACAUCUGGGAUGAGCCAGUUCUGCUAUUCCUCCAUGGAAUCCACCACCUCUCCCCUCUGGAGUCCCAACUCCUUUUCCCUGAGAGAAGCCUCCGUGACUUGGUCAGGGCCUCUCUGCCACACAAGGGAGACCAUGACUGUCGCAAGCUGGGAAGGAUCCACUCAUCCCAUCCAAGCCCAGCCUCUCCCCAGGCCUCCUGCCCACAGCAGACGAGACCAGCGAGAGCAGAACAUAGGUCUGGACCAGAUGUCAGCCCAUGGCUCAGACUUCAACAUCCGACAGAAGCAUCUGCAGAGCCAACUGGGGGCUCCACAAACCCCCAUCCCGGGGGAGCCAUUGCUGGGUGAGCAGGACGCCAAGCAGCAAUGGGAAUUCAACACAGAUCGGCCCAAAUGUGGAUUUCCGGCAAAGGUCCCAAAGCCCCUGAGAUCCGACACCAGGCCUCAGCAUGCACAGGAGAUCCAGGAGCCAUGUGUCUGCCCCUGGGGACCCCUGCCCCAAAAGGCCCACAGGAUUAUGGCAUCCCCUGAUGCCAUCCUGGCCAGGCUUGUGCCCACGGUGGGGGUCAAGCUGCAGGAUCACGUGGGUCAGAAAUGCUCUGAGAUCCAAAUGAAGGCUUUUCCUAAGGUCGUGACAGAGUCGCACAGAGAUGCUCCCCUCCGGAGAGAGACUGCCCUGCCUGGGCCACUCCGCCCCCCUAGGGAGCCAGGCAAGCACAGGACAGCGGCAUUCCCAACAAUGGGACAACAGCCUGCCCACCCCAUCGAACUCCACAUAAGGCGUGAGCAUCUCAUCAUGCAGAGGGGGCUGCUCACCCUGGAUCCAGAGCCCCCGGCAAAGCUGCCUCACGCCGUCCAAGCCAGGGGAGCCAGUGUGGAGUUCAGUGAGAUGGAGACCGAUUUCCUGCACACAGGGAGGCAAAGCACAAGCUCCUCUUCUUCCACACGUCCUCCAACGCCAGUGGAAGAUACCACCAUGGAGAUGGGCAGGAAUGAUAGCGCGGCAGGAAACCAGACUAACCCAGAUUGCUGCACUCUGCCAGCAGGGAUGGAUCUGACAUCGCCACCUCCAGGAACCACAAUAGCAGAGAAGACACUCGAAGCGACACUCCAGAUUUAUAGGAGCGAGUUCAGAAAGCCCCUUACCAGUGUGAGCGGCACCAAAGGGACUGAAGAGAAGCUGGAGCUGCACAUGGAGAGGAAGUUUACCUUGGGAGAAGGCUCCUGCCUGGGGCCAGGGGCACAGGCAGGUGAGGGCAGAGCAGAUCUUCCCAGGACCCAAUGCCACCAGGUUGCCCCAGAGGCACCAGGCUCUGAGCAGCUAACAAGAUCCACCCUUGACUCUCUCAUUGCUGGGCAGGCUGCACACGACCUGCAGAUGAAGCACCUGAGGGAAAUGUUGAGCAGCUCCCGCCCCUUGGCGGGCCAGGUCUCAGUUUGCCAGCAGUGCCGCAAGGCACAUCCAGGAAAGAUGAAGGGUAAGAAAACUCAGAAGGAGACAUCUGCUGAGCUGCAUGGGAUUCCAGACAUCAUGGAUUCACAUGGGUUCGAUGGCACUGUGAAUUCAAAGCUCUCCAGGGACCAGCCGCCAAUCAAAAUCUGCAAGAAGUGCAGUAAGCUUCGAUGGAAGAGACCAGCUGGCUCUGCAGGUGCUGACUUGCCCAGAAGAUCCCAUGGAAUUCCACAGCAAUGGACUCCAGGAGACUCCUCAGCAUCAUCCAACCACAAGAUGCCAGCGGUGUGGCUCCUUCCAGCAGACAAGAGCAAGACACAGGAUGGAAUGAGGAAAACAGCUCCCUCCAGGCAACCAAAGAUGGUGUCCAUUGCUACGAGUACAACAGGGCUUUUGCAAGCUGGGGAGAAAUCAGGAGGGGUUUCGCCCCCAUAG